GGAGUGGAAGAGGGGAAAAGAAAAAUGGAAGAAGAGAAGGUGGGAAAGAGAAGGGAGGGUCAUCCUUUAUUGAGAGGUGGGAGAAGGGAAAACAGUUACAGUCAUGGCUUCUCUUCAUCUGAGAUUCAAUCGCUUUCCUCCAUUUCUGGGGCCUUCAUCCCAACUGUCCCACUUUCAGACCUCCACUUCAUUGGCAAGGAGGGUCCACCCAGCAAGGCUGUUGAGGCCUUCUACCUUGCUUCUGGCUCUCAAGCCCCACUUCCAGAUGAGGUUGCUGAGCUGAUGAGGAAGAGGUGUUUGCCAGAAGCGCUCACACUAAUUAGAGUGGUACUGUGGUUACUGAGUACUAGAUUGGGUACACUGAUUCUCUGUGGUCCUGCAUGUAUUGUUGGGGAAUUCCCAUUCAUUAGCAAAUUCUCAGACAUGAGUAUGGAGAAGAGGGAGCAGGCUUUGAAGAGAUGGUCCAUGCAAAGGUUCAUAGCACCUUUGAGGUUGGCUUUUCUCUUGUUGAAGGUCUUUUGCUUCUUCAUCUUCUUCUCUAUGACAGAUGAAAAUUCAGAAAAUCCAACAUGGAAUGCAAUCGGGUACAAAACAGGUUCAGGUGAAAAACCAUCCAAAACCAAAACGGGGAGGCCUCUCCAAAAAGGAAUUAUCGACACCACAAGCCAAACCGAUUCAUCCCUUCUCAAUUUCCUCAUCCAAAAAGGUCUGAAUGUCACAGAUGAUCCAGCCCACAACCUCUACAAGAUUGAAUGCGAUGUUGCUGUAGUCGGUUCCGGUUCAGGUGGAGGAGUUGCAGCUGCAGUUCUUGCAAGUUCAGGCCACAAAGUAGUAGUCCUCGAGAAAGGAAACUACUUCACUCCUGAAGAUUACUCCUGCCUCGAAGGUCCCUCACUUGAUCAAAUGUACGAAUCGGGUGGAGUUCUAUCAACGGAAGACGGCCAGAUUAUGUUAUUGGCUGGAUCAACAGUUGGUGGUGGCUCAGCUGUGAACUGGUCUGCCUGCAUAAGGACGCCACAUUCCAUCCUCAAGGAAUGGGCAGAAGGCCACAAACUUCCGCUAUUCGGAAGUUCAGACUAUCUUUCAGCCAUGGAUACUGUCAGCAAAAGGCUCGGAGUUACGGAGAGUUGCAUAGAAGAAGGAUUUCAGAACCAAGCUCUUCGAAAGGGGUGUGAGAAUCUUGGUCUGAGAGUAGAAAAUGUGCCACGGAAUUCGUCGGAGGGUCACUACUGCGGUUCCUGUUGCUAUGGUUGUAAGAUGGGAGAAAAGCAAGGUGCUGAUGCUACUUGGCUGGUUGAUGCUGUAAAUUGUGGGGCGGUGAUCUUAACAGGAUGCAAGGCAGAGAGAUUCAUAUUGGAAAAUAAUGAAUCUUGGAAGAAGAAAAGAAAGAAAUGCGUGGGAGUGAUGGCAAGAACUGAGAGUAAUAAUAUCACAAAGAGAAUACAAAUUCAAGCAAGAAUAACAGUUUCAGCAUGUGGGUCUCUCUUAACUCCUGCUCUAAUGAUCUCUAGUCAGUUAAAGAACCCAAGCAUUGGCAAAAACCUUCGUCUCCACCCUACCAUGUUGGCAUGGGGAUACAUCCCUGAAUCAGGAUCAGAUCUCAGAGGCAAGCUAUUUGAGGGGGGGAUAAUAACAUCGUUACAUAGAGUGGAAUCAGAGGGCUCGAAUCUUCGUGCUGUUAUAGAAACUCCCAUUCUUGGGCCUGCAUCGUUUUCUGCAAUGAUGCCCUGGGUGUCUGGACUAGACAUGAAGGAGAGGAUGCUGAAGUACACACGAACUGCCCAUCUGAUCCCAUUGAUCAGAGAUCGAGGGUCAGGGGAGGUGAAGGGGGAGGGAAGGGUAACCUACAAGCUGGAUGGAAUAGACAAGGAGAAUUUGAGGGAAGGGCUGCGGAGGGCACUGAGGAUUUUGGUUGCCGCUGGAGCAGUCGAGGUGGGUACCUACCGGAGUGACGGGCAGAGAAUCAAAUGCAAGGGGAUGAAGGAGGAGGAUUUGGAUGAGUUCUUGGAUGGGGUUACUGCAGUGGGAGGUCCAAAUUCAGGGGAGAAGCAUUGGACUGUCUACGGUUCAGCCCAUCAGAUGGGGAGUUGUAGAAUGGCUGUUAGUGAGAAAGAGGGUGGGGUUGAUGAGAACGGAGAGAGCUGGGAUGCAGAACGGCUGUUUGUAUGUGAUGGGAGCAUCUUGCCCACUGCACUUGGGGUCAAUCCCAUGAUCACAAUCCAAUCCGUUGCUUAUUGCCUAUCCAAAAAGAUGGCAGAAUCCUUAGGGAGUUGAAUAAGGAAAUUGUUUGAAACAUCAAAUUAUCGACUUACAUGUAACUGGUAUUUUCAGUCCAUGUAAUGGUGGAAUAUGAAGGUUACCUUUAUUCAUUUGUUA